UUCGAAACAAACAGGACCCAGACCGCGAGAAGAUGAGCAAUGGCAAGAGAAAACAAACCUGGAGAGGAAUUUGACACAGUUUUCAGUGCAAAUGACUCUGUAGAGCUGUCUUCUCAUCACGACUAUGACGGUUCCCACGCUCGAAUCUUCAAGAUAAUCGUCAUAGGCGAUUCAAACGUGGGGAAGACUUGUUUGACAUACCGAUUCUGUGGGGGGACUUUCCUGAAAAACCCAGAGGCAACUAUUGGGGUCGAUUUCAGGGAGAGGACAGUGGAGCUGGAUGGGGAGCGUAUCAAGUUGCAGAUCUGGGACACGGCCGGUCAGGAGCGCUUCAGGAAGAGCAUGGUGGAGCACUACUACCGCAGCGUUCACGCCGUCAUCUUCGUCUACGACGUGACCAGCCGCCUCUCCUUCGAGAGUAUCCCCGAGUGGAUCGAAGAGUGCACCCGGCACUCCGUGGGGCCCCUGGUGCCCCGCAUCAUGGUGGGAAACAAGUGCGACCUGAGGGAGCGCAGGGAGGUGCCCACCUCAGCGGCCCAGUGUCUCGCCGACCGCUACAACUUCCCGCUGUUUGAGACUUCUGCUAAGGACCCCGCUGAGAAAGAGCAUGUGGAUUCCAUUUUCCUGACUUUGGCGUACCGGCUUAAGAGCCACAAGCCUUUGAGACUGAAACAGCUGGGUGAAAGCAGCAUCGGGCAUCUGGGGAGCCAGAGAGAGCCGGAAGCAACAUCAUGUCAAUGCUGAGGGUUAGUGGCCUCUUUAGUGUUUUCCAAGGUCAGUGCAAUCUUCAGGAGAAAUAAUGGUGCUGAGAAUCGUAGCGCUGAACCAUGAUCGACACUAAAUCUGGUACAAAACUGAGAAAGGACGGAAUCUCCCUGUGAUUUUUACAACGAUCUCUGCUUGAUGUGAGGCCCAGCUGGUUUGCACACCAUUAAACCGACAUUUCAAUUCAAUGCAAAUGUGGAUGUGGACAUUUACCAAGUAUUUGCACUUUAGAAGCUGAACGAUUGGAAAUGAUUUGCAAUCAUUGCACAUUAUAGGAGAUUGUGCUCGAUCUAUAUAACCCACCACAGCAAAUUAUAGGAAACAGUUUUCCGUGUCAGUAAAGGGACCAAAAAAAACGCAUCUGAAUAAAACCGCAACAAUUUUCUUAAAUGUUUUAAAGUGAUGUUUUAGUUGGUAAGAAGUAUAACUGCAAAAUGAGUAUGCUGCUGUUUCUGAAAUACUCUGGUAUGCAAAGAGGGAGCUCAAUGAAAACGAAGUACACGUGAUAAAAUGUAGCUGAAAUGCAAGUUCACAAAGUUUACUUGAAAAGCAUGUUCAAAUGCAAACUCAUUGGUCCUUAAUAUAAAAUGGAAACCAUUCACAGUUGACUUAUAAUUGUUAUUGCAUGUGUACAAUGAUGCAUUAUGCCUCCAUCAGUUUGGAGAAUUGUGAAAAUGUCAAGCUGAAAAUAAAAUGGUUUUCGGGA